UUUUUGGUCUUCUCCGCUCCGCCGCUCUGAAACUCGUCGUCAGUGAGAAAGCUUCUCUUCUUCUUCUUCUUCUUCAUCACGAGUGGUCGGUCGAAAUGAAGCGUAUUGGAAUGAUUAGCGGCGGAUCAUCCAAGGACCUAAUCCGGAGAACGUUCGCUGCAGCAGCUAGCAAAGCCAAGAAAGGUGGCAAAGGAGGAGGAGGAGGCGGCGAUGCUCCUAAAGGUUCGAGCUUGAGCAAAGAGAUCAAAUCCACCACUGUUGUCGGCGCCAAUACUCUCAAAGAAGGAUCUGAUCCCAAGAUCUUGCCUGAUUCUGAUUACCCUCAAUGGCUCUGGCAUCUCCUCGAUAAGCGCCCUGCUCUUAGUGAACUCAGGAGGAAGAACGUCGAGACCCUUCCCUAUGAUCAUCUCAAACGUUUUGUCAAGCUCGACACUCGUGCUAAAAUCAAGGACAACAACUCCGUCAAGGCCAAGAACUGACUGACACGUCAUACAGUUUGUAAGAUUCGUGUUUCUUCACUCUCUGCUCUUGAACUAUGCUUUUGCUAAUAAGUAAAAUUCGUUCAGUUAGAUUUACAUUUCGGAAAAGAGUAUGAUGAUGUUCUUUUGUUGUAAGUUCUCCAGACUCUUUAUUAGAGAGAGUAUAUCCUCCAAAAGUUUGCUGCUUCCUCUUCUU